AUGAAAGUUGCUGUCAUUGAAGCCACCCAUGUCACGGGCGCUGCCACCGAUCGCGCCACGGGUGGUGGCCCCAACUCCGGCUUCGGUCCCAGCCCCGGCCUCGGCUCGGACUCAAGCCCCGGCCCCGACCCCAGCUCCGACCCCGGUCUCUGCUCCGGGUCCGGCCCCGGUCUCUGCUCCGGGUCCGGCCCCGGUCUCUGCUCCGGGUCCGGCCCCGGUCUCUGCUCCGGGUCCGGCCCCGGUCUCUGCUCCGGGUCCGGCCCCGGUCUCUGCUCCGGGUCCGGCCCCGGUCUCUGCUCCGGGUCCGGCCCCGGUCUCUGCUCCGGCUCCGGCCCCGGUCUCUGCUCCGGCUCCGGCCCCGGUCUCUGCUCCGGGUCCGGCCCCGGUCUCUGCUCCGGGUCCGGCCCCGGUCUCUGCUCCGGGUCCAGCCCCGGUCUCUGCUCCGGGUCCGGCCCCGGUCUCUGCUCCGGGUCCAGCCCCGGUCUCUGCUCCGGGUCCGGCCCCGGCCUCGGCUCCGGUUUCGGCUCCGGCCCCGGUCCCGGUGUCGGCUACGGCUACGCCCUCUGCCUCGGUCCUGGCCCCAGCGCCGGUCUCGGCUCCGGCUCUGGCUCCGGCUCCGGACCAGGCCCGGGCUCAGCCUCCGACUCUGUCUGCAGCGCCACCGCGCAGGCGACUUCCGGUACGUGCGUGCCUUUUUUCGUGAAUUUCUUGUCACGGAAAUCUACUCCGGUAUGA